AUGUGCAAAGUGCAAAAUUGCAUGCUUCACUGGUCAAGUGACAAUGUGGUGUAAAUAAUACCUCAAGCCUUUUUCUUUUUAGAAAAUGUACACAAAGAACCAGACGUUGGUCAAUGAGAUUGUUCUCUUGGGAUUUCAGAAUCUACACAACUUCAAGGUUCCCUUGUUCUUUCUGUUCCUCCUGAUUUACAUUAUGACACUUUGGGAGAAUAUCCUCAUCAUGGUGUUGGUGGCAUCCAGCCGAAACCUCCAGUCCCCCAUGUACUUCUUUCUCCAGCAGUUGUCCCAGGCUGAUCUACUGGAGUCCACAAAUAUUGUACCCAUCUUACUCCAAACUGUAAUUCAUGAUGGAGCCACAUUGUCCUUUGGUGGUUGUCUGACCCAAUUUUAUUUUUUUACUGUGACAGAAGCUUUUGAGUGUUUGCUUCUUACAGUAAUGUCCUAUGACAGAUAUGUGGCCAUCUGCAACCCACUGCAUUACUCUUCUAUAAUGUCCCACAAAUUUUGUACCAAAUUAAUGUUCCUGUCAUGGGCUCUUGUCUUUGUCAUUGAAUUAAUUCCAAUGAAUUUAGUAAGGACACUACAGUUCUGUGACCGAAAUACCAUUAAUCAUUUCUUCUGUGAUUUCUUUCCUCUUGUAGAACUUUCUUGCUCAGACACCUUCUUGCUGCAAAUUGUAGCAUUCCUACUAUCAGUCCCUAUCAUUUUUAUGCCAUUUAUACUCAUCACUGGAUCUUAUAUCUGUAUUGCCAAUGCAAUCAGAAACAUAACGUCCAAUAUCGGGAGACAAAAAGCCUUCUCCACCUGUAGCUCCCACUUGGCUGUCGUCUCCAUUUUUUAUGGGACACUAAGUGCCAUUUAUGUGGUUCCCCCCAAAAAAGAAUCCCAGACCAUAAGCAAAAUUCUGUCUCUGUUGUACACUGUGCUUAUUCCAUUUGUUAACCCAAUCAUCUAUGGCUUGAGAAGCAAACAUAUCAAAGAUGCCUUUAAAAUGUGGAAACCUCAUGCUCACCUAUUACGGGAGGGUUGA